AAUAAGGCAACUCCACUAAUAAUAACGCCCUAACCUUAGUUUAAAUGCGUAAAUAAUUUAUUUCUCCCAUCUUCUCCAGCUCCCCUGCCAAAAAUGCUAAGCCUAUCCUGAUAUCACUGAUAUCAUCACAAGACCAACUCUGCUUUUACUACUACUACUAAACCUUACUUACCUACAGUACACCCUACCUACAGGAACUUUAGUAAUUCUGUCAUUCUAACUUUCUAACAUUCCAGCAACCUUGAAAACUUAAUUCAUUCCUCUUAAUUUCUAACCUUGACAACUUCGCAUCUUGACAGACAUUAUACCAACCUGACUGACAUCUUGAUUCUUCUCUUGGGUCCCUAUAUCAUUUGGUAUUUGCACGUCUUUGCAAACAAUCAUUCCCAACCUUUGCGAUCCUUAACGGAUCUUGGUUGUGUGCACCAAAAUGGAAGCUCUACAGAUAGCACAGAUGCUGGCUGAUCUUAACGAUCUCCAAACCACUCAAGACCAAUCUGCCUCGAAAAAUCUAGUGAACGCCAACCGGACACUUGGUCGGAAGGACCAACUACGCUUAGAAGAACAGCCCAGGAGCAUCAGCACUCCUGAGACCAGAGUGACGUCGCCUGGAGGAGGACGUAUGACCGACAAAUUCGGUCGUCGCAUGCUCACGCCCCCGUUGUCGAGAACCAAUUCUGGAACUCCAUCAAUGCCUGGAACUCCCUCCGGCUUAGAGCGACCUGACACCGACAUCGAUAGAGCCUCUACACUCCUCUCCCUAUAUGAAAUUCGCGCCAAAUUGAAGGAGCAGGAUAACAGCAGUUUGGUGAGGGCACGUGAGAAGCUCAAUGCUCUUGCGUCAAAGCAGCAGGCUCAGGGAGUCAGUGAUCAAAAGAAGGAGCGAAAAGAAGUCAACCAACUAAGCUACCCCAAGUGAUUACGGGAUAGCUCGGUUGAAAUCCUCCGGAUACUCUACACAGGCAACAUAACAUCGUGAUCAUCACUGGCGUUACAAAAAGGAUCAAGCGAAGAAAGGAACUCGCUCGGAAGGGUGACGAUGAUUGAGCAUGGGUGCUCCUGGGAACAAACGGCGUAUAAACAUGAUGAAUACCUAACACGGUAGAGCGGUGUAAUGUGGUUUUAUUAUUGGGCCAGUUGCUAUUUAUUAGAAACAUGACUACGGAUGAUCCUUCAUGGGAACUUAUCGAAACCUUGGAGCUUAUAUUGAUGCUUGAAAAGCGGUAUACGAAUAUAUGUAUGAUUCAAUGCUCUACAGUGCUGGCUUGAGACUACUACAUCUUCUAUGACCUGAAUUUAAUAUUAGCUGAGUGUAAACAUUCUACCUACUAAAUCGCGCUCUUACACUACGAGAAGAGUCCUAUUCGUCUGCGUCAUAAGAAGAUUGCGCCAUUUGGGGAAUUAUAAAUGCCUAGGUUAGGUGAGUAGGUAACUUACCAACAUGGUAGUACAUGAAUGAGUAUCACAGGUUGCAAUUGUGUUACCCACCACUUCAAAACACCUACUACAUACUCAUGCCUACCUACCUACAUACCUUAUGUAGGCACCCAAAAAGGUGUGUAU